AUGAAUAAAUAUAUAUAUACGAUAUAAUGAUAUGGAUGUACUGUAUAUAAUACAACCAAUAAUAUCCAGUGCCUCAGCAGCACUACUGACCAUAACAUUAUUAUCAUCAUCUGAUCCAUUGAUGAUAAUAUAUCAACAUUGAAUUGAAUUGUGAUUUUGAAUUGAAUUUAAUUUUUUAAAAAAAAAAUUUUGGAUAAUAAAUACAAUUACAACAACAAAAAAUUAAUCAAAUUAUUUAAAAAAAAAAACAAUAUUUUAUUGACUGAUAAUUAAUUCAAACAAAACUUUGUGAUCCAACACCUCCUCCUGUGUUUAGUUAGUUAAGUGUUUGUGUAAUAAUAAUAAUAAUAAUACCCGACGGGAACACAACAACAAAAAUGGACACAAUAUUCCCAAAGUUAGAGCCACUGGAGCUUGACUUUGACCCGGAACCGUUUCGGUCGCGUUCAAACACGUGGCCACUGCCCCGACCCGACAUUAGCGACUUCGAUGGUUCCGGUUUGCCAACAAUUGGCCAAGAAUUGGACGAUCAGCUUAUCAACGAUGGCUGUCUGGGCGGCGGCGGCGGCUGUAUGGAUGGUCACAGUAGUGUUAACGGAUCGUCUCACGAAAUGCUGGCCGGUCUAGAUUGCGAUGGUAUGGGCGGCGGCAUGUCCGACGGUAUGCCCGAUUGUGUAUCGGCUGCAGCUGCCGGCCAUAUGUCUGGCCAGUCGACACCGGUUGGCGGCGCCGCCGGUGGUGGUGGUGGUCCGGGCGGUCCCAAAAAGAACACCUCCCGGCGCAAUGCCUGGGGUAACAUGUCCUACGCCGACCUGAUUACACAGGCCGUCAAUGGUUCGCCAGAUAAACGGCUGACACUGUCCCAGAUAUACGACUGGAUGGUCCAGAAUGUACCCUAUUUUAAGGAUAAGGGCGACAGUAAUUCAAGCGCCGGUUGGAAAAACUCGAUCCGACACAACCUAUCCCUACACAACCGAUUCAUGCGUGUCCAGAAUGAGGGUACCGGCAAAAGUUCGUGGUGGAUGAUCAACCCGGAUGCCAAACCCGGUAAGGCUGCCCGACGUCGGGCCACAUCAAUGGAAACGCAAAAGUACGAGAAAAAGCGCGGUCGGGUCAAGAAGAAGAUCGAAGCCCUGAAAAACGGUCUAUCAUUGGAUCAGUCGACGCCCAGUCCGUCGUCGUCGGUAUCCGAAGGUCUGGAUAUGUUUCCCGAUUCACCCGUACAUCACGGUUUCAAUUUGAGUCCCGAGUUUCGGCCGCGCGCUUCGUCUAACGCUUCGUCGUGUGGCCGCCUGUCGCCGAUACCUGCCGUCGACAACGAUAUGCACGACAGUCAAGUACCGCCACUAUCACCGUUGACCAGUUGGAAUCACGGCGACAUUGGACGCAUCUAUACCGGUAAUGUCAACGACGUUGACCAAUACAGUACGGAACAGUUGGUCGAAAUGGCCAACACUAUGAAAUUGACUGGCAAUACAGCUUUUCUGGGCGUCGUUAAUAAGACGUCGCCGACUGGCCAAUUGUCGCCGGCCGGCUCACAUAUACAGCUCAACACGACCUAUACUAUGGGCAGCUAUGGUCAACUAACCGGUUAUAAUCAGCAACAACAACAACAGCAGCAGCAGUCGCAGCAAACCAGUGAGACGGGCGCUACGACACUGACGGCGCUUAACAAUGUUAGCGGCGGAGUGGCCGCCCGUAGUCCAACACAAAUACUGUUGGCCUCAGACGUGCUCAACGGUGUUGCCAAUGGCGGCGGCGGCUCGAACACUACCAGCUAUCAGUUGACCAGUUUGUCACCGGUGUCCAGUCAGACCAUUGACACUAUGGUGGCCAACAACAACAACUGCACAGCAGUGACCAGCGGCACUACCGUCGCGGCCAACAACACGAUGUCCAACUAUUCUUCAUCACCACAACAUCACAUCCAGUCCACGACUGCCCAAAAUAGAGCUACAAUGAUGGGCCAUAUCCUGUCAUUUAACAACCAGUUGCCAAACGACUUGGACCUCAAUCUGGAUUCAUUGCACGGCGGCCUCGAGUGCGACGUCGACUCAGUCAUACGCCACGAGCUAAGCGUCGACGGCAGCCUAGACUUCAACUUUGCUACCGCUGCCGGCGGCGGCGAUCCAGCUGCAGCUGCCGCCGCAAUGCACCAUCACCUCAACAAUCACAACAACCAUCUGAAUCAUCUGAAUCAUCAUCACCUUAAUCAUCAGCUACACCAACAUCUGAAUCAUCUUAACCAUCACGGUUCGCCGGCUGGCACGACCACUGUUGUUAGCCAUAAUCCGGCACCGAUGACGACAAACGCACCGUCCAGUCGUUCAUGGGUUCACUGAUGGGUUGGAUGAUUGGGAUGGGCUGUUGUUGCUGAUGAUGAUGACAUCCCGGACAUCACUAUCACUUUCUGUACACAUAUACCACACUAUAUCUCAAUAUAUAUAUAUAGAUAUAUACCGACCGUUUCAGAUGAAUAUUUACCGUUUGCUUCUUCGUCGUCGUCGUCAUUGUCAUCGUCGUCGUCGUCGUCCGUCUUCUUCAUCCUUCAAUUCAUCCAUUUAUAUACAUUUUCAUCAACAAAAAAACAAAAACUAUAAUUUUUAUGACCACUUUAUUAUAAUCAUUAUCAUUGAGAAAACAACAACAACAACAAAAAACCCAAUUUUCUUGGAUCCGCUGACGAUGUUUUCAUUUAUAAUUACCAGUGAAUGAAUGAUAUGAUUGUAUUAUUCAACAACAAAAAAAAUAAUUAAAUGAUUGUUACAACUAUAACACAACAGCAACAAAAAUCACACAUUAAUUUAUCAUCAUCAGCAUCACCAUUAUCAUCAUAAUCAUCAUCAACAACAUUAUAUAGAUGUUAAAUAAUAAUAAUUAUUAUAAUAAUUAUUAUUAUUAUAUGUGU